AUGAUAUAAAUAUUAUUGUUGCUAGGAGUUGUUAUAGCUAAUAAUUUAAGAUUCAAAGCUAAAGGAACAAUACCUAAUCUAUGGAACAUUUAAGCAUCAAUAUGUAAUGGAGUAAUGUUUGAUGCUGGCAGUUCUGGUACUAGAGUUUAUGUCUAUUCAUGGAAUUGUAGAGAGACUUAAACUAUGCCCUAUGUUACACUAACUGAAAAAUCAAUUGAAAAGAAAGUAAAGCCAGGACUAGCAUCCUUUGCUUCUAAACUAAAUGAAAUUCCUAAUUAUCUCUAACCAUUAAUUGAUUUUGCAAUUACUAACAUUCCCAAAUCCAUGAUGGCCUAUACUCCAAUAAUGUUAGGUGCUACUGCUGGAAUGAGACUGUUGACUAUCCAACAAUAAACUGAUAUUAUCAAAGAAGUUCAACGAAUCUUCUCUAAAUCUGGAUUACUUUUCUUAAGUGAAUAAUGGGCUAGAGUGAUAAGUGGAUAAGAAGAAGUAUAUAAAAUUCUAUUAAAUAUAGGGUGCUUAUAUGUGGUUGUCACUUAAUUACUUACUAUAAAAAAUGUCAGAUUAAGAAUAAGCAACAACUAUUGAUUUAGGUGGAGCUUCUACAUAGAUAUCUUUCAAACCUAAAGGAUUAAUUGAAGAUGGAGUUAUGGAUCUUAUUAUACCUAAUUUGAAUGAAUAUGAAAUAUUUAGUAGUAGUUAUUUACUUUAUGGAAUGGAUCAAGCAUUAAUAUAAGUGCAUAAAUAGUUUUAAGACAAUGAUACAUUUACUAUUACUACUCCAUGUUAUUUUAAUGGGUAUGAGAAUGUAUAUGAGUAUGAUGCAAGAUUUAGAGUUAUUGGAUAAGGGAAUUAUACAGAAUGUAAGAAACUUAUUAGGCAAUAUCUUAAUAAUGAUCCAUAGAAUUGUUAACAUUCUAAUUGUGGUAUCAAUGGUCAAUAUCAACCUAAAAUUGAUGGAAAUAUUAUUUAUGCAAUUAGUGGAGUUUAGAGUAUGGUGAGUUUGUUUGGUUUUGAAAAUUACACUUUAACUCAAUAUUCCAAUAAGGUGUUUAGUUUCACAUCUUUAGUAUGGUCAGAUAUAGAAUAAAUACCAGAAUAUAUUAACAAUCCAUAUAUUACAACAGAUUUCUUCUCAAGUAUCUAUGUUGAUGAAUUAUUAUCUUAUGGUUAUGGAAUAAACAAGGAUUAAUUAAUUUAUAGUCCUGAUAAAAUAGAGAAUAUUUCACCAUCAUGGACAGUUGCUGCUAUGUUCUAUCAACUUGCUUAAAUCUAGUGUCAAUAUGAUAGUCCUGUUUGCAUUCAACUUAUUAAAUGA